CUUGGUUGCCCAGAUUCCCAAAAAAGGGACCACCAGUCAAUAAAACUAUGAAUUUUAAAGAAGAUGACAUACUACGUACAGGAGCAGAUGAUGAGAGGUCCUAGGUGGAAAAGGGCUCUGAGCAACCCUUUAUUUGUGCUCCUGCUGGCCCUUCAGCUGCUGGUGGUGGCAGGAAUGGCACGAGCCCAGACCUGCCCCUCCGUUUGCUCCUGCAGCAACCAGUUCAGCAAGGUCAUCUGCACCCGCCGCGGCCUGAAGGAAGUUCCUGAUGGCAUCUCUACCAACACGCGUUACUUGAACCUUCAAGAGAACCUGAUACAGGUCAUCAGGGUGGACAGUUUCAAGCACUUGCUGCACCUGGAGAUCCUGCAGCUGAGUAAGAACCACAUCCGCAGCAUCGAGAUUGGCGCCUUCAAUGGACUGACAAGUCUCAACACGUUGGAGCUCUUUGACAACCGUCUGACCACCAUUCCCAAUGGGGCCUUCGAGUACCUUUCCAAGCUGAAGGAGCUCUGGCUGAGGAACAACCCUAUCGAGAGCAUACCCUCCUACGCUUUUAAUCGGGUGCCUUCCUUGCGGAGGCUCGAUUUAGGUGAACUGAAACGGCUUUCUUAUAUCUCGGACAGAGCCUUUGAGGGACUCAGCAACCUGCGUUACCUGAACCUGGGUAUGUGCAACCUGAAAGAGGUCCCGAACCUUCUUCCUCUGGUAAGGCUGGAUGAACUAGAGAUGUCGGGCAACCAGAUCUCUGUCAUCCAGCCUGGCUCAUUCAAAGGGCUGAUCCACCUGCAAAAGUUGUGGAUGAUGCAUGCCCAAAUUCACACCAUUGAGAGGAACUCCUUUGAUGAUCUGCAGUCGCUAGUGGAGCUAAAUCUGGCUCACAACAACCUCACUCUCCUUCCCUAUGAUCUCUUUACCCCUUUACACCACCUGGAGAGAGUGCAUUUGCAUCACAAUCCCUGGAACUGUAAUUGUGAUAUUCUUUGGCUCAGCUGGUGGCUGAAGGAAAUGGUACCAGCAAACACCAGUUGCUGUGCCCGCUGCAAUUCGCCUGCCAGCCACAAAGGGCGCUACAUUGGGGAACUUGACCCAAACUAUUUCCAGUGUUAUGCCCCCGUUAUUGUGGAGCCUCCAGCAGACCUCAAUGUGACUGAGGGUAUGCCUGCAGAGCUGAAAUGUAGAACAAGUUCUUUGACUUCCAUCAGCUGGAUCACCCCUAAUGGUUCUGUCAUGACCCAUGGUGCAUACAAGGUUCGCAUCUCAGUGCUUAAUGACGGGACCCUUAACUUUACCAACGUCACAAUGCAGGACACGGGCACCUACACAUGCAUGGUCAGCAACUCAGUGGGCAACACGACGGCUUCGGCCAUGCUCAACGUUUCCUCGGUAGAGAACAGUGGAUUCAGCUACUUCACCACUGUCACUGUAGAGACCAUUGAGCCCAACAAUAAAGAUAGGACUCCUGGGCAACACAAUAGGAGGCCCACACCGUUCUCCAGUGGAUGGAAGACCUCGACCAUACAGACGCCUCUCUCCACCAAAACCACAGAGAGGACCUUCACAAUUCCUGUGACAGAGGUGGGGGAAGGUUCUCCGAACGGGCUGGACGAGGUGAUGAAGACCACCAAGAUCAUCAUUGGCUGCUUUGUGGCCAUCACACUCAUGGCUGCCGUCAUGCUUGUCAUCUUCUACAAGAUGAGGAAACAGCACCACCAGCAGAACCACCAGUCUCCCACCCGGACCAUCGAGAUCAUCAACGUGGACGAGGAGCUCACAGCGGGGCCGGCUAUGGAGGCCCAGCUCACCUUGCCUCCUCUGGAGCACGAGCACCUGAACCACUACAACUCCUACAAGACUUUGUACAACCAUGCCUCGGCUCUGAGCUCCUUGCACAGUUCCGGACACGAGCCUUUGCUAAUCCGAGCCACCUCAAAAGACAAUGUACAAGAGACCCAAAUCUAA